AUGGCUCAAAUUAUGUCCAACUUCUACCCGCUAGCAGGGAGGUUCAAUAAGGAGAAACAUCAAGUGGAUUGCAACGACCAAGGCGUUCUGUUUGUGACUGUGACUGCUCAAGUCGACGUGGAUCUCUCUAUCAUCCUGAGGAGCCACGUGGAUCCCCCGCAGCUGAACCAGCUCCUCCCAGUAGAUGGGCCUACCGAUCCAGUUGUCACCGUCCAAAUCAGCAUUUUUCAAUGCGAGGGUUUGGCCGUUGCUUUAUGCGCAUCCCACAGGAUCAUGGAUGGCGCCUCCUUCUUCUUAUUCCUGGCGGCCUGGGCCAAGGCCGCACAGACCACCGGAAAACUACUAAUUGAACCCUAUUUCGACAACCGCCGCUCCAACUUCCCCGUCGAGAAUCUUGCGCCCGGGACCCACCAACCUCACGAAAACAUCGUCGUGGACCGCUACGUCUUCGACAGCAAAGCCAUACAGAAACUCCGCCAGCAGGUGACAUCCGAGCGAGCGGUGUUGAGGGUGGUGGCAGUCUCCACAUUCCUCGCGCAGGCGCUCCUCGUGCCGUGGGGAGCCCCGAGCCGCCAUCAUCUGGCAGCUCAUCAAUAUUCGGGAAAGAACUGUCCCGUGGCUUCCAAAGCACGCUUUUGGCACGUGGAUUAA